AUGGAUGAUGUAACUCCAGACGAACUUGAGGCUGUGUCAGUAUUGUUACGACUACCAAACCCUGUUUUCUUUGAUCAAGAAGAAGAAGAAGAAGACGAAGAAGAAGAAUAUGAUGAAGAAUCCGUAUGUGAGGAUGAUUUGGAAGUAAAAUCGUGUAUGCAAACAAAUGAAAAUAAGGGUAAGAAGAGAAAAGUCGCUGAGCAGUUGAUGGAUAGCGACGUGAAGGACAACCAAUACAGGCUCAUGUUAGGGAAGGAGCCGGUGAAAAAGAUGAUGGAUGCUCUGGGAAAAACAGAGAAACUUGGGACUAAAGGGCUUAAUGUUUCGGUGUAUGGACCAAACGGAGAGAAUCAUAAGAUGGUGUUGAAGAUAUGGAUUAAGGGCACACCUGUUUUGACGUCGGGAUGGAAGAAUUUCGUGAAGAGUUAUAAGCUCGAGAAACAUGUUGAUUUUCUCACUAUUUGGAUGUUUAGGCACAAAAAGACUCGGGAGAUUUGCUUCGCUAUUGAUUCCACUAGGUUUCCUGUAAAGGGUACGCUGAGUAAAAGGAUCUUGCAGGAAGUCUUCAAGAAUCCAUAA